GUGAUGGAGGGAGAGGGAGAGGGAGAGGGAGAGAGAGGCGUUGGGAAAAGAUCAGAGCAGCAGCAUUGAGAACAGAGGCAAAAUGAUAAGCCACCAACAGCAUCAUCACUCCCACAAGCCAUUGCCCAAGAGAAUAAUACUGGUGCGCCAUGGCGAGAGCGCAGGGAAUCUUGAUGGCACCGCCUACACCACAACCCCAGACCACCAAAUCCCUCUAACCCCACAAGGCUUGGUUCAGGCCAAGCAAGCCGGCGAGAGGAUCCGCCAGAUCAUCUCCGGGCUGUCCCGGGACUGGAAGGUUUACUUUUAUGUGUCGCCUUAUGAGCGGACGCGAUCCACGCUGAGCGAAAUCGGGAGGUCGUUUUCGAAGAAGAGGGUGAUUGGAGUGAGGGAGGAGUGUAGGAUUAGGGAGCAGGAUUUUGGGAAUUUCCAGGUGGAGGAGAGGAUGAAGGUCGUCAAGGAGACAAGGUUGAGGUUUGGGAGGUUCUUUUAUCGGUUUCCUGAGGGCGAAUCGGCUGCCGAUGUGUACGAUCGCGUUUCCAGUUUUCUUGAAUCACUAUGGAGAGACAUAGACAUGAACAGGCUCCAUAAUGAACCCUCAAGGGACCUAAAUUUCAUCAUUGUAACGCACGGGCUAACCUCACGAGUAUUCCUCAUGAAGUGGUUCAAGUGGACAGUCGAGCAAUUUGAGGGCCUAAAUAAUCUUGGGAACUGUGAAUUUCAAGUGAUGCAGUUAGGAAAUGGUGGUGAAUAUAGCUUGGCAAUCCACCACACAGAAGAAGAGAUGAUAAAAUGGGGACUCUCCCAUGAAAUGAUAGCUGACCAAAAAUGGCGGGCACAUGCUCACAGAGGUGAUUGGAAUGAAAAGUGUUCCUGGUAUCUUGAUUCUUUCUUUGAAAAUCUACAAGAGUCGGAUAGCAGUGAUGAAGAAGAGAACGAUGAACUAAAUGGUCCAAUUCCUUUGUAUAAAUGUGCAUAGACUACCCCAGAGUUUGGUUAUGAUUCUUUGUAUUCAUUAUCUGACAUGACCUGCCGGCAGUAUGCAAACUGGAGAUGGGAAAUUUUAAUAAAUAUUGGAUUUGAUUUGGAAGCAUCCCUUGAAAAUAUACCUUUUGGGCUUAGUUUAGAACAGUACAUGUAAAUACUGGACAGAAACAGUAGGUCUUGUAAGUUAUAACCAGCAUUGAUCUGAUAAUUUUGAUGGUGUCAAAAGUGCAUUGAAACUAAAUUUAUGGAUUAAUGUAAACUCUUUCUAUAUUGCUUCA